AUGGCCGAUGUGGAGUUCGCGGUUGGAUUUCUAUUCUUAGACGCUGCGCAAUACAUGUAUACCGGCUCCACACAGGAUAGUUUGCGGGUGGGGAACGUUUGGCAAACGAUUUACUGCGCGGAUAAGUACAAUUUGCCGAUGCUCAUGGAUAUGUGCCUGCAGUUCAUUCGCAGCCAGCUGAAAGACGACAACUGCUUGGCGUACUUGGAAAACGUGAAGCUUUUCGCGCACGGCUGCGUUGCCGCUUUCGUGGAGAAGUGCUUGGAGACGGUUGACGCGUCAACUACGGCUAUCCUGCAGUCAAAGCAGUUCUUGGCAAUUCGUCAAGAUACGCUGGUGAUGCUGCUGCAGCGUAACAGUUUGUCGGCAGAAGAGAACACCAUCUACACGGCCGUGGAGAAGUACACCGGUUUUACUUGGUCUGCGGAGGCAUGCCGCAAGAAUAAUCUGGAGCCAUCGGACGAUAACCGUCGUCAAAUGCUGGGCGCCGCCUUGUUUCUUGUCCGUUUUCCUUUGCUGACUGAUUCUGAACUGGUCAACGGUCCUGCUAAGAGUGGACUGCUAUUGGACAGUGAGCUACUGGCGAUUUACAAGUACAAAAACGCCGUAACCAAACCACCGCUGGUUUUUCCCGCUGAUUAUCGGACGGGCUGUGGAUUUGCUGGUUUCCGGUUCAAGGAGCGGUCCGCAUCGCUCAGCCAUCGCUUUCUUGAGUUCCACCAUUCGUUAUUGUCGCGCAACAUGUGGAUCAUUUCCAUCUGGCCAUCUGGGCGCGACUAA